AUGGCGACAAGGCCAGGCGAGGAGAAUGUAGCUACGCUCUUCGGAGACGUUCACUACUUUUACUCCCCGGCGAAUGUGAAGCCUCGCCAUCAUCGGUUUGACCAGGGAUCAUACGUCUACUUGUUUGAGAGCGCCAGCGAGAGGAGAUGCCGCAUUGAGAUUGCGAAUCACCCCGGAACAGACGACCAAGAUGCCUUUUAUGGAUUUCUCGACCAAACACACGUUCGAUACUCAUACAAGCAACACUGCACCGUCUCUUUGACCGUUGCCGAGUCGGUCGACCAGAGCGAAUGGCAUCUGCCCACCUACGACCCGCGCAACGAGACCAAAUAUCACUACAAGCUGCAUUCGCUCGACAUCUACUUCUGGACGCAGCAGGAUGCGCUGCAAUUUAUCAACGGCGUCCGGCGCGUGCUUCCGCCGGCCCAGGUCGAGGUCCUUGAUGAGCCAGGUCCGCCUCCUCAGCCAGCGGGAAUGACUGCCGUCAUCCAGAAGCUUGAGACGGCUGCCAUCUCCGAUCCCAAGUACAACAACGAGGCAGUAUCGUCGCAAUCGGCUUCUCAAAGCUCGAUUGGCGGCGCUGGCGACGUUUCAGCAGUCUCAUCAACAGCUCCAAGCUUCUCCUUGCCGCCGCCGCCGCCGCCUCCUUCUCAGCAGGCCAGCUUCGCGCCGAUGGCAUACAACCCAGCUGCUCCAGCUGCGCCCGAGGCCAUUCGCCACCGUGAAAAGACUCCUCCGCCGGAUGAAGACCCCCUCAACCCGCUGGCAGUCGCCGUAGCAUAUGAUUAUCGCGGCCAGCCCUUCACUCCCGGCAUUCCCCCGACUCCGGGCAUUCCUCCGCCAUCUGCACUCGGCAACCUGGGAUUCGCAGCACCUCCAGCCAACCCUGUUCCUCCUGUUCAUCCUGGGAUUCACCGAGCUACGACGAUGCCGUCGCAAGCCUUACCCUCACCCGGACUGCCCGGCACUUAUGGAGCUGGAUUCCCGGCUUCUCCCGGCUUCUCACCGCCACCAGCAUCAAUGCCGCCAGUGGCAGGCCAAGGCCUUCCUGGUCCUCCAGGCCCUCCUCCAGGUGGAUAUUCUAACUACUCAUAUUCCCAGACGCCAGGUUAUAAUCCAGCGGCGCCUACAGAUUAUUCCAUACAUCAACAGGUGUACCGACCGACAGAGUCUGAGGGUCAUGGUCACCACGGACAUCAGCCAAAGAAGGAGAGCAAAGGAAGACUGGAGGAGAAUGCUGGACGGCUGGAACGCGGCGUGACGGGCAUGCUGAAGAAGUUUGAGAAGAAGUUCGGUUAG